UAAUUUUCCACAUCACGAAAUGGCGAGCAGGAAAACAUGACCUGUCUAUCAAUGACAAUACAAUACAUUGAAUAGCUUUCAAUUGUUUUGUAAACGAAGUUGUGGUUUUGGGUUUAUGCCUCAUCAAAGGAUAGAAUCAUUCUAUAUCGGAGUGGCGUGACGUCACAUCAGCUGAGGAAGUUACGUGAAAAAAGAGGAAACACUUCAGAUGGGCUUCCUCAUCGGGCAAAACAAGUGAAAAUGACUACUAGCGCUCUGACACAGGGUCUGGAGAGGAUCCCUGAUCAACUGGGAUAUUUGGUGAUCAGUGAGGAUGGCGUAUUGGCAUCUGCGGGGGAGCUGGAGAAUGAUGAGCACACAGCUGGGGUCAUAAUGCAGAUGGUGCGGACAGCAUGUCACUUCAGACUGCAGGGUGCUGUUGAGCCACCCUUCAAACGCAUGUCAGUCAUGCUAGAGGACUAUGUGUACACAGUGACCGUGUCUGGUCAGAAGGUGUUUGUGGUGAAACGUCAGAACAACAAGAGGGAACAUGUAGUGGUGUAGAACCGUGUAGUGAAGAUGGGUUGGGAGGACGAAGGACAUCACUCCAAUCAAUUCACACAGGACAGGGACUCUGUAAUCCACUGAACUGUUUUGUUCCAUUCCUAGUUAUAUAAGGUUUUAGAACAACAGAAGAAAGCACAUAUGAAGUUGUACUGAACAAAAAUAUUAAUACAACAGGCAACAAUUUCAAAGAUUUUACUGAAUUAAAGUUCAUAGAAGGAAAUCAGUCAAUUUAAAUAAAUUCAUUAGGCCCUAAUCUAUGGUUUUCACAUAAGUGGGCAGUGGUGUGGCCUGGGAGGGCAUAGGCCCACCCACUGGGGAGCCAGGCCCAGCCCAUCGGAAUGAGUCCCCCCCCCCCCCCCCCCCUGUCUGCAUUAUUACAGACAGAAAUACUCCUCAACACUCCCCAUUCCCCUACUCAGAUGAUCCCGCAGGUUAAGAAGCUGGAUGUGGAGGUCCUGGGCUGGUGUGGUUACACGUGGUCUGCAGUUGUGAGGCCAGUUGGAUGUACUGCCAAAAUCUCAAAAAUGACGUUUGAGGUGGCUUAUUGUAGAGAAAUGAACAUUACAUUCUCUGGCAACAGCUCUGUUGGACAUUCCUGCAGUCAGCAUGCCAAUUGCAGGCUCCCUCAACUUGAGACAUCUGUGGCAUUGUGUUGUGUGACAACUCCACAUUUUAGAGAGGCCUUUUAUUGUCCCCAGCACAAGUGUAAUGAUCACGCUAUAGCAAUGAUCACGCUAUUUAAUACACUUCUUGAUAUGUCACACCUGUCAGGUGGAUGGCUUAUCUUGAAUGGGCCAAAAUAUGCAUGUCAAACUGCAUGUCAUCUUAAUUGGUAACUUUGUAAUGAGAAAUGGAACAGAAUAGUGCCGUGGUGUAUUAGUCCCUACAGUAUGUGAUAAUGAAUUGUUGGUUUCUGUGUGGCAGGUAGACUGGAAUUCAAUCUAUUCAGUUUAUAGUAUCUGUGCACAUGCUAUUUAGUUUGAAUGCUCCCUAAUAACCCAGCAGGGUUUUGUUUAACAUACUGAAUGUUGCAGAUAGAAAUACCAUGGACAGAGCUGACAUCUUUUAAAUACCUCUGGGGAAUGUGUUAUACUUAAUACAUUUAUUUGUAUUAAUGUCAUGCCCUACAGAAUGUGGCUUGAUGGAAAUUGAUAUUUUCAAGGUGACUGCUGUUUUUUUCCUAACCUGUACUGAGUGUCAUGUGUGCAAUGUUUAUGUAAUUGCUAUCAGUACUAAUGUGUGUAUAUACACAUGCAGUGACUUUUAUCGUGAGCUAUUGUCGUUACAUGUUAAAUUUUCUGAAAUAUUUAGGGUCCUUCUCUAAAUGAAAUAACUUGCUUUUUACUAUUUUGAUUAUCUCAAAUAAAGCUUUGCUUAUAAACACCCA